AUGGCGCCCUGGUUUGCACUUGUCGAGGCAUGGGCCGUCGCGGCACUCAUCCGCAGUCCAACCUUCAACCGAGCGAUUCAGAAAGCCUACCGCAAGAUCAACAAGAUCCCAGACCACGAGCCAAAGAACGGACUAGGCCGCACCGGCCCCUCGGCCUUGGACCACUUCAGGGACGAAGUAAAGAAUCAGUUCAAGGACCUCACAUGGCAGAAACGAGGGCCUCCCAAAUGA